ACGAUCUACUCUCUGGACGGCUGGCUGUUCGGAGCGUUCAUGUGCAAGGCGGUUCAUUUCUUCAUCUACCUGACGAUGCACGCCAGCAGCUUCACCCUGGCAGCCGUGUCUGUGGACAGAUACCUGGCGAUCCGCCACCCCCUCAAGUCACGUGACCUGCGCACCUCCCGCAACGCUACGGCCGCCAUCGCCCUCAUCUGGACCCUCUCCCUGCUCUUCUCCGCCCCCUACCUCGCCUACUUCCACACAGUGCGCCUCCGCGGGGGGGGCGGGGCCUCCCCGGGCUCCUCCCCCUCGCUGGCGGGGGGCGGGGUCUCGGUGGUCUGCGUGCCGGUGUGGACGGACCGGAGCCGGAAGAUCAUGGAUCUCAUCACCUUCUCCUUCGGCUACCUCCUGCCCGUCUGCACCCUGGGGCUGGCUUACACCCGCACCCUCCUCUUCCUGUGGGGUCCCGGGGACCCCCUGGACCGGCCCCCGGGGGCCCAGCCCGGCCGGGGAGCCCGGGGCCGCGUCACCAGGAUGAUCGUGGCCGUGGCCGUGCUGUUUUGUGUCUGCUGGCUGCCCCACCACCUCCUCAUCCUGUGGUUUUGGUUUGGGGGACAUUUCCCCUUCAACCGGGUCACCUACGCCCUCCGCCUGGCCUCCCACUGCCUCUCCUACGCCAACUCUUGCCUCAACCCGCUGGUCUACGCUCUGGUCUCCAAGCACUUCCGCAAAGGGUUGAAGCAGAUCUUCAGCUGCCUUCUGCUGCAGGAGAGGAGCGGCCGGGAGAGACCGCCAGCCGCCCGCCAGCCCGCUGCUCCCACAGCCCUGAGAGGACUGGCCGACCCUCCCUCUCCCACUCCUCCUCCUCCCUCCUCCUCCUCCAGCGUCUACAAGCUCCUCCCCUUCCGUCGACAUGGAAACAGGGUGGCCCCCUUGCCCGGCCGAGACGGCCCCCCGGCCGCUAAGCCAAUCGCCAGCGAGCUUGGAGGGGAAGGGGCGGGGCCCAGCCGGAGAGGGGAGGAGCCCGGAACAGGGGGAGGAGGAGCCGAGCAGGAUCGUCGAAGGGAGGCGGUGCCCGGGAGCUGGAAGCGUUGUGAUUGGACAGCGGGAGGGAGGAGGGAGGGGCCCGGGAAGGCUUGGGAAGUCUAGAAGGGAUUUUUUUUUUUAAGUUAGUUUUUUCUUAAUAAAUGUAAAUGCUUCACCAGCUCUCUCUGUGCUUCACUGCACUUCACUGUGCUUUUACUGAGGGAGAUAGGGGUUGGGGUCAGUGAGAAUUUGUACAAUUAACUUUGUUAAUUAACUUCUCUCCUCUCCUCUCCUCUCUCCCCUCUCCUCUCUCCUCUCUCCCCUCUCUCUCCUCUCCUC